GUUGGCGGAGGAGCGCGCGACCGCGAGCAAAGGAGGGAGGGAAGGAAGGAAGAGAGGGAGGCAGGCAGGCAGGCGGGCGCGGGGCUCGGGGACUGAGGCGGUAGAGGGAAGCGAGAGCCCGGCAGCCGCUUCGCGCUGUGUUUGCUGCGCGGGCUUUUGGAGGGGCGGCCGUGGAGUCGGCCGAGGAGAAGCGGACACCGGCGGCGUUGGUGCUGGCGCCUGGGGGCGGGGGACUGGGGAGGCGAGAAGGGGGGUCGCUGCGGUGCUUCUCUCGCUGUCGCGCUCUCCUUGCCUUUCUCCCGGCUCGGUGGGCUCCUCCCGGCGUCUUCCUUGCCUCCGGGGCCCCGAUCCCCGCCCCCCGCGGUAUGUCUUGAUCCCGAGCAGCGGGUUUCAUGGGGCUCCUCAGGAUUAUGAUGCCGCCCAAGUUGCAGCUGCUGGCGGUGGUGGCCUUCGCAGUGGCAAUGCUCUUCUUGGAGAACCAGAUCCAGAAACUGGAGGAGUCCCGGUCGAAGCUAGAAAGGGCUAUUGCAAGACAUGAAGUUCGAGAGAUUGAGCAGCGACAUACGAUGGAUGGCCCUCGGCAAGAUGCAGCUUUAGAUGAGGAAGAAGACAUAGUGAUCAUUUACAACAGAGUCCCCAAAACUGCAAGCACCUCUUUUACCAAUAUUGCCUAUGACCUAUGUGCAAAGAAUAAAUACCAUGUUCUUCACAUCAACACUACCAAAAAUAAUCCAGUAAUGUCACUGCAAGAUCAGGUGCGCUUUGUAAAGAAUAUAACUUCCUGGAAAGAGAUGAAACCAGGGUUUUAUCAUGGGCACGUUUCUUAUUUGGAUUUUGCAAAAUUUGGUGUGAAGAAGAAGCCAAUUUACAUUAAUGUCAUAAGGGAUCCUAUUGAGAGGCUGGUUUCUUACUAUUACUUUCUGAGAUUUGGAGAUGAUUAUAGACCAGGGUUAAGAAGACGAAAACAAGGGGACAAAAAGACCUUUGAUGAAUGUGUAGCUGAGGGCGGCUCAGACUGUGCUCCAGAGAAGCUCUGGCUUCAAAUCCCAUUCUUCUGCGGCCACAGCUCGGAAUGCUGGAAUGUAGGAAGCAGGUGGGCUAUGGAUCAAGCCAAAUAUAACCUAGUUAAUGAGUACUUUCUGGUGGGAGUUACUGAAGAGCUUGAAGAUUUUAUCAUGUUAUUGGAGGCAGCUUUGCCCCGGUUCUUCAGGGGUGCUACAGAUCUCUAUCGUACAGUAGGAAAGAAAUCUCAUCUUAGGAAAACCACAGAGAAGAAACUCCCUACUAAACAAACCAUUGCAAAACUACAGCAAUCUGACAUUUGGAAAAUGGAGAAUGAAUUCUAUGAGUUUGCCCUAGAGCAGUUCCAAUUCAUCAGAGCCCAUGCUGUACGAGAAAAAGAUGGAGACCUCUACAUCCUUGCACAGAACUUUUUCUAUGAAAAGAUUUACCCUAAAUCGAACUGAGUACAAGGUGUGGCAGUUAGAUUCUUGAACUACAACUUUGACCCUGUCUUCACCUUAGUUCUCAGCUCCACAACUUGGAUUGCUGAUGGGUGUAUAAGAUAAUUUGUAUUGAACUGAGUUAGGAUACAGACAGUGACGUCAAGGAAGUAGAUUCUGGCUGAUAUGUCAGUGGUCUAGGAAGUUUAAGUUUCAGCCUUUUUUUUUUUUUUCCUGGUUAAAUAUUGGUGGGAGUUAUAACCUCCUGCCUGG